CGGUACGAGCCGGUGGUCAUCGGUGCUCUCUCUGUCGUCGCGCGCGCGGAACACCUCGAGAGUCGCGCUUGUUCCACGUACAACACCUGCCGUUCACGAUUGCUCGUUCGUACACGCCGGUGUCCGUUCAUCCGUGACUGCUUUCUCGAAAGUGUCCGCCGCUGGUUCGCGCGCGAAUCGCCGUCGUUCCCUGAUCGCCGAUCCUAACGAGGGACCAUCGAUCGAUCAGACUUUCGGGACAAGCGAAGACAAAACCCGGAGGACCAUGGAUGGGAAGAGCGCGUUGAUCGGGUUGACACUCGUUCACGCGAUAGAAUGAGACUGAUCGAGCAAAGAGAAAGCAGGAAGUACCAUCGUUAUCGGUCACAGUUCGACGCGGCAACAUGCUGCUGCCGCAGGACAUGAUGGCAGCCCAGUCGAAGAUGCUCUACCAGAUGAACAAGUACUACGGUGAACGAGUGCAAGCUCGUAUGGGUCAAGUACAAAAGACCAUCAGGGAAGUGUGCAAGGUGGUACAGGACGUGCUUAAGGAGGUGGAGGUUCAAGAGCCUCGGUUUAUCUCGUCGUUGACCGAGUGCAACGGCCGCUACGAGGGCCUCGAGGUGAUUUCGCCAGGUGAAUUCGAGGUGGUCCUCUACCUGAAUCAGAUGGGAGUGUUCAACUUCGUCGACGACGGCACCCUGCCGGGUUGCGCCGUUCUGAAGCUCAGCGACGGACGCAAGAGGUCCAUGUCGCUUUGGGUCGAAUUCAUCACCGCCUCCGGUUACCUGUCCGCCAGGAAGAUCCGAUCGAGAUUUCAGACCCUGGUGGCGCAAGCCUGCGACAAGUGCGCAUACAGGGACUCGGUGAAGAUGAUAGCCGACACCACCGAGGUCAAGCUACGAAUCAGGGAGAGAUACGUGGUGCAAAUUACGCCAGCGUUCAAGUGUUCGGGCGUGUGGCCCAGAUCGGCGGCCCAUUGGCCGAUUCCACAUAUACCAUGGCCACAUCCAAACCUGGUGGCCGAGGUCAAAACGGAAGGAUUUGAUUUGUUAUCCAAGGAGAGCGUGGCUCUUCAGGGUAAACAAUCCGCGAUGGAAGGCGACGCUUGGGUCUUGUCUUUCACAGAGGCAGAGACGAGACUGCUUCAAGGCGGUUGUCGCAGACGAUGCUUGAGCAUAUUGAAAACUCUGAGGGACAGACACCUCGAUCUUCCCGGAAAUCCGGUGACCAGCUAUCACAUGAAAACCUUGUUACUCUACGAAUGCGAGAAGCAUCCCCUGGAGACCGAAUGGGACGAAGGAUGCUUAGCUGACCGUAUUAACGGUAUUUUCCUGCAGCUGAUAUCCUGUCUUCAAUGUCGAAGAUGUCCCCAUUAUUUCCUACCCAAUUUGGAUCUGUUCAAAGGGAAAUCACCGAGUGGUCUAGAAAAUGCCGCGAAACAAGUGUGGAGACUCACCAGAGAGUUGUUGACCAACAGCCGUGCUCUAGAAAAGCUUUAGCGGGAUUUCUUUAGAGAGAAAGAGAAAGGUGAAGCGAGAGUAUCGCGUCGAAGGAUUCGGUGACUCGCAGGAAUCACGAUUUUUGGAAUAUCGCGACGGUUCUUUGCCCGCUUUUUACCCUCGCUUUCCAAUUUGAAAAGUCUACUUUCACUCGUUACUUUUCUUAGCGUACGCUUCAACAUAUCGGGAUAUGGGAAUGGUUUAACGAACCUCGUAAAGCAUAAUUGUAUACGAUUGUUCUCCUUUUUCUGAAAAAUCAGACUUUCAUUAUUGGUGCAACGCCUGGUUCCAGUGCAAUCUCGUAUUAUCAAUGUUUUAUUUCUCGCGAAAAUAAUUGUUGCUAGGUUUUAUUUUAGUUUUAUGCCGAUCACUGUUUCGUUAAAAUGGAGAACGUUAAAUUUUCUGCAAUUUGGAUAGAUCGUUAUUCGACGCGUCCACCGAAUCACUAAGGAUGUGCACUUUUGAAAAUAUUCUUACGUGUUUUUUAUACAACUAAAAAGCUUUCGCCUGAAGCGGAAUCUCGUGCUUACUAACGCAAAUUAGACGGUGUUCACGCACCGAGUUACCUGUAAUUAAGCGUUAAAAUAUAUGAACGGUUAAUUAACUACUUCGUUAGCUGCUCUUACCCAUCUAAUGGCUCAUGUGAAUCGUCGUGUGAUACGUUGUCGUUAAUUAAUCUAAUGUUUAUAAUCGGUCAGCGACCAGCUAUCGACGGUAGUCCGACUACGUAUUGUUGUAUGUACAUACUUUUUUACAUUAUUUAAACGAUAUUUAUUUUUACUCGAAUCGCUGUUCGAACACACUAUGUAAAUAAUUAAUAAAUGCAUCUCAUCCCAUACUAAA